AUCAUCUCGUAUAAUUUGAUAGGAUAAUUGAGGCUAAGACUCUUAAAUAUGGUCAGAAUACCGGUACCGUUUUAUUUGAAAGAAAUGAUUAUGGAAAGCAAUGCUGGACAAACGAGGAAUUUACUAUUCUUACUAGCCGGAGGAUGUUUCAGGAUAUUCUGCCGCACGUGAAUGUCAUCGAUCCCCAGAACGAUCAGUACAUAGCGCACCUCAUGGACUAUUUUCACAUAUGCCUCGAGAGCGUGCGGAGAUUGACCGUGGGCAAAACGAAGCAUUUGAUGUUGAAAGCUUUGGCGGAUACUCUGGGCGGUUACUUGCAGGUCUACAUUCUGCCCCUCACAAAGCACUCAUAUUACGCGGGUAACAUCAAGUAUCGUAACGCGAAGAUGUUGUUUGAACUCUUCGACGAGCUGAAAGUUUUUCUUCGGACCAACGGUGCUGGCUGGUCAAAACCCAGCCGGGACUUCGCAAAUAUCAGGAUCCCUCCCAUUGUAAUUACACCACCGAAAACAUCAGUCGCCUGUAAUGGAUUUAUCACGUAUCCGAAGCGCUACAACAACGAAGCUACGAGCGAAGUUGUAAUACCCCUCCCAUUCCUCGAUAAUGAAGUAGAACCUAACAGCAUCGCGCUGCCCUUCAAAACCGACAGCCUGCAAUCAUUGUAUUCGGAAAAAUCGGCUUUCGCGCUCGUGAAGUACUACAUCGCCAGCGUGAAAUGCAUUGCCUCACGACCCAAUGCGAAAACGCGGCUGCGAAGGUUCAAUAAAGACUUUUACACCUGGUUGCAACAAUCUGUGCGUGGACACUUGGACGACGAGAAGUGGUAUCCGGCCUUUGGUGGUGUUCUCCGAGUACUGGCUACCCUGCGAGAAUCGAAUAUUGGUGGUAAUAUUAUGAAGAGCAAGCAAGCAAGUGGCACUUACGAAGUUAUGCCUUAUAAAGUAGAUACGGAACGUGCGAGUCAGACAAAUGAGAAUGCGCCGCCACUUUAUAAAAGCAAGGGAGAAAGUAACAGUACAAUGACACUUAGCGCCACCGAGCUAGUGAUUAUAGCACUGGUAGCUGUAUUGGUGUUAUGGUUAUUGGUGGGUUUGAGUUUAGUGUGCUAUAGAUUCCUCACUAAAUCUCCCGAGGGCUGCACACCCUGCGAGUCAAAGACACCUCCAUUUGCGGUUCUAUAUGAAAACGCGGAUUAUUGUCAGCAGGAUAUAUGCUCCUCGAAAACAUGUCGUAAGGGUAUGAUUGAAAAAUUGAAGGAAUGGUGGAAAGAUAGGUUUGGAAAAUGCCCAGGGGGAUGCCAGGACCAUGCGGACGAGGAACGUUGCUUAGCCGCGAUCAGUUACAGCAGCAAAAGCACUGUCAGUGAUAGCAGCAGGAUUUAUUCUAGGCGAAAGAAACAAACCAAAUCUACCUCCGCCCCGCAAUUGGGAACAUCCAGGGGUCGUACGGCUUUCAAACAUAGCGUUUGCUAUAGUUCCGAAGGAUCGACUACCUAUUCCGACAGCCCAGCCAAGCUAAGAUAAUAAUUGGACAAUAAAUAUUUGAUUUCGAGAUGUCGCAUGGGAAUAUGAUAUGUGGAAGGAUUGUAUUUUAAGAUGUACCAUUUAUUUUAACCUUAGGAUAUUUCUAUCAAUAAAAAGAAAAAUUUAAUAGA